CCGCCGUCUAGUCCUCCUCCGCCUCCGCCGCCGCCGUCUACUCCUCCGCCUCCGCCGCCGUCUACUCCUCCUCCGCCGCUGCCGUCUCCUCCUCCUCCGCCGCCGGGGGAAAGUAGAUCCUCAAUGAUGAUAAUUGUGGCCAUUGUGGUUCCAAUUACAGUUACUGUCUCCAUAUUGCUGUUUGCUCUGAGCUGCUAUUUCCUGCGACGAACAGCAAAGAAGAAAUACAAUGCUGUAAAGGAAGACAGUGUUAUUGAUGAGAUGAGCACUGCUGAAUCUCUGCAAUUUGAUUUCAAUACAAUCAACGCUGCUACUAGCAAUUUCUCAGAGGAAAACAAUCUCGGUGAGGGCGGAUUUGGUGCAGUCUACAAGGUACACAACUACUCGUACUUUUUUAAAAACCUUGAGGAGAAUCUUGAAAGGUUAUUGGGAUUCUGCAUGGAGGGUGAAGAAAAGAUACUCAUCUAUGAAUACAUCCCCAAUAAAAGCCUCGAUUUUUUCUUAUUUGAUCCAAUUAGACAAAAACAGCUGGAUUGGUCCAAACGAUAUACAAUUAUCAAUGGCAUCGCUCGAGGAAUUUUAUAUCUGCACGAAGAUUCUCGUCUUCGAAUUAUUCAUCGUGAUCUGAAAGCAAGUAACAUUUUGUUAGAUGGGGAUAUGAAUCCAAAAGUUUCGGAUUUUGGUAUGGCAAGAAUUGUUCAAGUGGAUCAAACUCAAGGAAUUACCGAUCGAAUUGUCGGUACAUACGGUUACAUGUCUCCCGAGUAUGCAAUGUACGGAAACUUCUCUUUGAAAUCUGACGUGUAUAGCUUCGGAGUCUUAAUCUUUGAAAUUAUAAGUGGCAAAAAAAAUAACUCCUUUUAUUUGUCGAAUCUUGCCGAAGACAUGUUGACCUAUGCUUGGAAACUAUGGAAGAAUGGAACAUCCUUAGAGCUAUUGGACCCAAUACUUAGAGAUAAUUACUCCAGAAAUGAAGUGCUUAGAUGCAUCCAUAUUGCUUUGCUAUGCGUUCAGGAGAAUCCCAGCCGUAGGCCUUCAAUGACAUCCAUUGUUCUAAUGCUCAAUAGUUAUUCUACAACCUUGCCAUUGCGCAGGGAACCAGCGUCAUUCAUGCACAGUAAAGAUGGUGGUAUUGUAGUAGACAGUAAUCGAACCACAAGCACAUCUCGGUCCAGUAGUUUGUUAAUGUAACGGCCCAAGUCCGCCGCUAGUAGAUAUUGUCAUCUGGACUUUCCCUUUCGGACUUUCCCUCAAGGCUUUAA